UCAGGUUCUUGGCGAGAAGGAAAGCGAGGUGGUCAUCAAGGAGCUGAGGAUUGUGACCGAUUGCACCGAAUUGCAAAAGCUAGAAAGGGACGCGGCUGCUGGAUCAUCCUCGCCCGCUUCCGCCAUGUUUCCCCUUUACACUGCGAAAUUUUCAUUUUCGCCUCAGUGGAGGCAUAUUCUGUUCGUAACGUUUCCCAGGGAGUUGGUGAUCUUUGACUUGCAGUAUGAGGCGGCGCUUUCUAGUACCUCAUUGCCUCGUGGGUGUGGUAAAUUCCUUGAUGUGUUACCGGAUCCGAACUGUGAGUUGCUCUACUGUGCUCACAUGGAUGGAAGGCUCAGUGCCUGGCAGCGAAAAGACGGCGAACAAGUCCACAUAAUGUCUGCAAUGGAAGAGUUGCUGCCUUCAAUUGGCACAUCUGUUCCAUCUCCUUCACUUCUUGCUGUCAUCAUCUACCCGUCCGAUUCCAUCCUCCAAAAUGUUGGCAAGCUUUGUUCUGAUGUACCUCAUUCUCAUUCUCCUGAUGCAGAUGCAGAUGAUGCAGAUAUUGAUACUCCAUUUGAUUUUUAUGAUGAAUCUCUUCAUGUCCCUUCAACACACUUGAUAUCCAUCUCUGAUGAUGGAAAAGUAUGGAACUGGCUCUUAACUUCCGAAGGUGCUGAAGAAACCCAGAAGGAUGACUCAGGUGCGAGUAUGAGCACUGAUGUCAAUGAAGUGCCAGCCUCAGACAGCAACACUGACCACUCGGUUUCUUUUAGUAAUGCACUUACUUCAGAAACAGGCAAGCAACCAGAUCAUGUAAAUACUUCUGGCGGACGUCCACCUUAUGACCUCAAUAAAGUGGAUUUGUCAUUUAAGAUCAGCUUGGUUGGUCAGCUUCAGCUUCUUUCUUCUGCAGUAACGAUGCUGGCAGUGCCAUCUCCAUCCUUAAUAGCUACUUUAGCUCGUGGAGGAAACCAUCCUGCUGUUGCUGUUCCAUUGGUUGCUUUAGGGACUCAAAGUGGAACAAUUGAUGUCAUUGAUGUUUCUGCCAAUUCUGUUGCAUCUUCCUUUUCUGUACAUAAUAGUGUUGUUAGAGGUUUACGGUGGCUUGGGAAUUCCAGAUUGGUGUCGUUUUCUUACAGUCAGGUGAAUGAAAAAACUGGAGGUUUCGUUAACCGUCUUGUUGUGACCUGUCUAAGAAGUGGCUAUAAUAAAACCUUCCGUGUUUUGCAAAAGCCAGAGCGUGCUCCCAUCAGAGCUUUAAGAGCCUCUUCAUCUGGAAGGUACCUUCUUAUCCUGUUUCGAGAUGCUCCUGUCGAAGUAUGGGCAAUGACAAAGACUCCUAUCAUGCUUAGAUCAUUAGCUCUUCCAUUUACUGUUUUGGAAUGGACACUUCCAACAGUCCCACGACCUAUUAAAGAUCGUACAGCCAUCACACAAGAUGGCGCAUCUUCACCAACUACGGCAUCAUUAUCUGAUUCUAAGGCACCAAACUCAGAAGKCAAUCAAGAUGAAACUUCUGAAAGUUUUGCUUUUGCACUGGUAAAUGGCGCACUUGGUGUGUUUGAAGUUCAUGGGCGAAGAAUUCGGGACUUCAGACCCAAAUGGCCUUCGUCUUCAUUUGUUUCAUCUGAUGGAUUAAUUACAGCCAUGGCUUACCGCUUGCCACAUGUGGUCAUGGGUGAUAGAUCAGGUAACAUUCGCUGGUGGGAUGUAACAACUGGGCAUUCUUCAUCUUUUAACACACACAGAGAAGGAAUCAGGCGAAUCAAAUUUUCCCCUGUAGUUCCCGGAGACCACAGCAGAGGACGUAUAGCUGUUCUAUUUUAUGAUAACACAUUUUCUAUAUUUGAUCUUGAUUCACAGGAUCCCUUGGCUAAUUCCAUUUUACAACAUCAAUUUCCAGGGACCCUUGUAUUGGAACUUGAUUGGUUGCCUCUACGAACAGAGAGAAAUGAUCCUCUAGUUUUAUGCAUUGCUGGAGCUGAUAGUAGCUUUCGUCUUGUUGAUAUCAUAAUUAACGAAAAAAAACAUGGCUAUGGGGCCAAGACGGUUAAGGAAAGAUUUCGGCCAAUGCCUAUAUGUUCUCCUAUGUUACUUCCCACUCCACAUGCGUUGGCAUUACGUAUGAUCUUGCAGUUAGGUGUAAAGCCCUCCUGGUUAAAUAAGAGACCUCAACUCAUUUCUGGAGCUUCUGCAUCUGGUGGUGACCUUCGGAGUCACAUGAUUGAUUUACCCCCUGUUGGUGACUCUGUGGUGCCAGAAUUGCUUCUCAAGGUGCUUGAACCUUAUCGUAUAGAAGGUUGCAUACUUGAUGAUGCGAGGGCAAAAUUAUAUAUGAAGAUAGUACGCAAAGGCUCUGCUUUGAGGUUUGCCUUUGCUGCUGCAAUUUUUGGUGAAUCGUCUGAAGCCCUCUUUUGGCUACAGUUGCCCAGUGCUCUCAAUCAUCUGAUGAAUAAGUUAGUCAGUAAGUCUCCCCAGAGAGGAAAAUCCUCUGCAUCUAAUGUGGAUCUUGAUGAAGCUUCAAUGCUGAAUAGGAUAACCUCAAAGGGCAAAUCAGUGCGAAGAACUGGGAAGAAAGAAGCAUUUGGUCAAGGCCAACUUAUGGCAAUGGCUUUCAAACAAGAGGAGUUGUGGGAAAGUGCAAGUGAACGCAUUCCUUGGCAUGAAAAAUUGGAUGGGGAAGAGGUUGUUCAAAACCGUAUACAUGAGCUUGUGUCCGUUGGAAACUUAGAAGCUGCUGUUAGUUUACUGCUUUCCACUUCUCCGGAGAGCUCUUACUUCUAUGCAAAUGCUCUACGUGCUGUUGCACUUUCUUCAGCAGUGUCAAGAUCGCUUCUAGAACUAGCUGUGAAGGUUGUGGCAGCCAACAUGGUGAGAACUGACCGGUCACUGUCUGGAACUCAUCUUCUCUGUGCUGUAGGAAGAUAUCAAGAAGCUUGUUCUCAGCUUCAAGAUGCUGGAUGCUGGACGGAUGCUGCAACUUUAGCUGCCACACAUUUGAAAGGAUCUGAUUAUGCUAGGGUGCUGCUAAGGUGGGCCAAUCAUGUCUUUCAUAGCGAACAUAACAUCUGGAGGGCCCUGAUAUUAUACGUCGCAGCCGGUGCGCUGCAAGAGGCACUGGCAGCACUUCGCGAGUCACAACAGCCCGACACUGCAGCCAUGUUCAUCUUGGCUUGUCGCGAGAUACAUGCAGACUUUGUCUCCAAUUUAGAACAUUCAGACGAUGAGUCGGAUUCUCAUUCAUUGAAGGUCAAGCUCCUUAAGUUGCCUGGGUUGGACCCCGAAAACGAGGACGUUAUCGCAGUUGGAGAAUAUUAUGGACAAUACCAGAGAAAACUGGUGCACCUGUGCAUGGACUCUCUGCCGUAUUCCGAUUAAAGAGUGUGGUAUCACUUCUCUUCUCUCCAAGUCUGAUAUGAAUCAUUUGAUUAGUUGUUAAUUCACCUGGGAUUUACAUUUUAUUGAGUAUAUCCCUGAAACCACAUAGAAUCAUACGCUGAAAUAACUGAGUGAGAACAGAAAUGGCUUCCUUGGAUAGCAAAUCUUUGGAGGAAUUUUUGGCGGCCAGCUUAAAGCUGCAUCUGCAGAGAGACGAGGUUCCAGUGUGUGGCUGUAUGAUCUAGAAAUCUUUAUAGAGGAGUUUGUCAAUAACAUUUUUACUAUAUUCAAAAGAGAGGCUUUGUUUACAUUUUUCUUUUCUUUUUCCCCCUUUGUAUAUAUUAUAACAGCUUCUUGAUAACAUAGACGAUUCAUGGGGAGGAUUGAAUGGCUUGGAAUCAGUUUUUUCUUUUGCUGGGGAUGUUAAAUUGGACAUACAGAACAGAUUUUUUAUGUUUGUUUUGCAGAAAUGUAGCACUGUAGAAUUCAUUUGUCCUUAAAUUCAUUGAUUUCAGAGUUC